GCCCACCAUACAUGAAUAAGGUACCUCGGCUAUUUUCUCGGAAUAAAGAUUGCAUUCGUCUUCUACGGUAUCGUGAUCUCAAUGAACCCGCACCCCAUCUACUCUUUUUCCUUCGUGGGAGGCUUUGAAGUCUGAAGAGCAAAGAAGGGAAACCUCAGACUGACUUAGGCAGUCGUGGACUUUGUCUCAUAUGAAUCCCUGUAACUAGACAACGUCCAUACCUCCAAACUUUUGAUGUAGUUUAAUUGAAGGAGCCCUUGAGAUCACUGGGAAGAAGCAAUCUCUGAGAAACCAGGGGCUUCUAGGAGCAUAGCGGUUGAUCAGCCUCAUGACAAACGCAUAGUGAGAAACAAGAGCUCUCCGUUCUAGACAGGAACAUGGUGUUUCCUCUCAAUAUGCAAGAAUGCGGACAGAUGGAUGACUUAAUACAAUUAAUGCUCGGCAUCACGCAAAGUCCCGCGAAACAUCUUCGCCAAGCUUUGCAGUCGGGCCACGCAGACGGGGAGACGGGCACGAGUGAGGAUCAAUAUGUGAGGUCUCUUAAGAAGGUCCUCCGUGCUUCAGAUUUUCGUGUUUCUUUUGUAGAUCUGCCGGGUCCGGGGCCCCUCGGACAUCCAUGUGACCCGUGUCGAGGGGCAAAGUACCGCAGCCCGCACAGCGUCCGGACCCCUCCCCCAGAGAAUCAGAGAGGGCCCACGCAGAACUCGGUUCCCGGCAACGUCGAGAGGGAGAGGGCAGGUAUCUCUGAAACCGGCGGCGAAAGAUCAAAAAGAAAUUUGGGCGCGCGAGGUAUUCGGAUUCGGGUACGGAGCUGUACCUUCGGACAUGAGUACUCAUCACGGCCGAAUACUUUGACGAAUCGCAACACAGGCCUAGGGUCCCAACCUUUCACGGAGACAGAUUACAAAGACGAGUGGGCAGAUAGUAAAAGUGGCGAAGAGACAUAUUUGUCAGUUCACGCUCAUCUCACGCUCCCUCGUGUGAUCAUUUACACUUUAUCAUUCACAAGAACCAAAUGUUACAGUAAUGAUACAUGGCGAGAUUUACAUACGCCCAUGGAUGCUCGCUUGCUCGUGAACCCCAUCUCACAGGACCACUGUCUAUACACAGGUGGUAUGCCAAGGAUAUCGAGAAUUCGUCAAGGAAACAUGAGACCCAAAGGAAAGAGUUUGCACGACCAGCGUGUCAAGAAGUUGGUUGAGCCCACGCAAACAAAAGCAGAUUUCCGCCCUGUCCCAUCCCAUCAUGCGUCGUGA